AUGUCCCAAGACUCGACAGAGGUGAUGCGCCGGGCCAUUGUUGAGCUCGUCAACUUGCCAAACUGUGCCGCCAACUGCUAUGCCCGGCUGGCGACUGCAAACAAUACCUACUCCUGCAGCACUGUGUCAAACAGGGCAUCGCUAGAAAAAUGUCUCCUUCACGCGUGCCCGCUGCCUGAAGCCAUAUCCGCGAGAAACACGACGGAGAUAGCGUGUCAUACUCCCGCUCGGAACAUCUCGAGUCCGUUUCUCGUCAUCAACAUUGUCCUCGGCAUCGUCACCGCCGGAGUCAUCUGUUUGAGGCUGGGCUACCGGUUGUUUUUCAGCCGAAAGAAUGGACGCCUUGAUUUCGACGACGGCUUGAUCCUGUUGGCAUCGCCAGUCGCCCUCGCAAGCCUAACCACCAUGCUGGCCGGGCUGUGGAAGCACGGAAUCGGAAGGGAUGUCUGGGGCAUACAGUCUGAGCAACUGGUGACCUUUGGCUUGUAUCUCUACGUCAUGGAGAUGCUGUACCUGAGCCUUCUGGCCCUCGUCAAGCUGACCCUGUCCCUCUUUUACCUCGAGAUAUUCCCCAGCCCGACAAUCCGCAAGCUGCUCUGGGCCACUGUCGUCUUUCACAUCUGCUUUGGCCUCGCGUUUGUCUUCAAGACGACCUUCCAAUGCACACCCCUCAACUACAGCUGGUUCCGGUACGACGCCGCCCACGCAUCGACAACGCAUGGGCACUGCGUCAACAUCAAUGCAUCCGCGUGGGCCAACGCCAUCGGCAACGUGGCAACCGACUUCUGGCUCAUUGGCAUACCGCUCAGCCAACUACACAAGCUUAGGCUUCAUUGGAAGAAGAAGAUUGGUGCUUCCAUCAUGUUCAUGACCGGACUGUUGUACGUAUGCCCCAUGUUGAGCGUCGAGUCCCUGACAAGGAGCGAAAUGCCCCGCCCAUCAAGGGCAUGGAUUUUGUCAAAUGCCUUCUUCCAACUCGGAACGUCGUGGCUAACCAUCCUCCCUGCUUGCAGCGUUACCCUUUUCUCCAUCCUCCGCCUCAACACACUUGCGAAAUACGCCAACUCAACGAACCCAACCUACGACCAAUACCCCGUCACUCUCUGGUCGGCAAUCGAAGUAAACAUCGGCCUGAUCUGCACCUGCUUGCCCAGUAUACGGCUUGUAUUGCUGCGAAUUUGGCCGCGCGUGUUCGGCAUGACUACCGCCAACUCAAGCACCGGAAAUUCCGCUACCGGAAACUCACAAAAGACUUCCAAUCGAAGUAUGUCGAGAUACUCAAACAAGACACCGGCCAACAAUCGUCAAUACGAGCUGGACGCUGCUGCCAUCCUUGAUGAGACUAAGGACGCGGCUGGCAAUGUCUCCAGAAGCGAUUGGGGCAAUGAUCCGGAGGGAGGCCAUGAAGACGGCGUCCAGCUGGGUCAUGGCACCGCCGCCAGAAAUGCUUGGGCUUGGAGUCGUGGCCAGGGCGUCUACCAGGGAGAGGACCUCCCUGUCUAUCUUGAAGAGGCUCAGAGAGUAAAGUCUCAACUGUAG